AUGCCUUCGCCGGAUAUCUUGGGCGUUCAGGCUUUCGAGACUGGACCAUCACUACAGGAAUGGUGGGAAUGGACGCUUGUUGCCGUCAUCAGUGCCAGUGGGCUUGUAGGAGUUGUUGCUUUCCUUUGGUACUCAUACCGUUCCCUACGGACAUUGUUGAAGGGUGACGACAACGAUCACAGCUUACCACGAUCGGUACAAGAACGAAUCCACCUAUUGUCAAACAGUUCGAGCGUCGUCCGCAAAACCCAUACCCUCCCCACAAAGCCGUCGACGUUUGGCGUAUAUCUGGGCCUCCUGAGCAAUCCAGUUACACACGAUGAAGCGCAAACACUUUCACAAUGGGACAUUGUAGUGUUGGAUUAUUGCGAGCCUGGAGUCUUGGAGGCUGUUGGCGACGAUAGCAUUCCAAUGGGGCCUCACAUCAUCGCACGACUCGAUUUGGCCCAGAUAAUCACAUUCGCGACAACGGAUAGUGAACUGGACAUGUCGCGAGCGGUGUAUGUUCUGUCGUGGACUAUUCAGCGUACCUUGCGACAACCGGACCAGAGCAGAUACUUCACAGGCGUUCUUGUCUCUGGCUGGCGAGACCGUAUGUCGGUGCCUCUAGUCAACGGCUUGACGAAGCUCCUCAUUGCCUACGGUCUGGAUGUCUACUUGGAGAUUGAGGCUCCAGACUUCCUAGACGGUGUCCAGAAACUCGAUGUCGCAUUGUUCGCUGGCUUCAUCGUCCGCAAUGGGACGAUCAAGUCGAAUGGAGAGCGCCGAGACUUCUUCGAAAUGGACAAAAUGAAGACUACAACCAAAUCUUUUGUUUCCCAAGCCUGUCAAAGGUCGUUCGUAACGAUGAUGUGGGAUACGAUCGAAGACGAUGUCGAACUCUCGCACGCUGUGGUCAGAAGAGCACAUAUGUGGUGUAGCUACCACGGCGCCAUCCCAUAUUUUCCGCGUCAACGGGCUCUAUCGAACAUCGACGAGAUUGUUCCUUGUCAUGAGCCCUUGGCUGCUUUCCAGUGGCUCAAGCAACGAAGAGUCAUGGAAGUCCACGAGCGAUAUCGUAUGGCGCGAACACUUGCUCCCGGUUUCUCAAGUAUCAUCGACGAUUACCUCCCUUUACAACACAUCUUUCCCCGCCUUGCCGAUACGCUCGCCGGCCUCGACGCAACCGACUCCUCCGACGACAGCGACGACGAUGCGUCGAGCACAUGUACCGACACUGUGCACUACCCCGAGAUCGACGAGAACGGAGCAAUGCUUGCACGAACACCUACAUCACCCGCAUCUUCUGGUCUAGAAUGGACACUGGCAAGGGAGAAGCAUAGCAGCGACCCACUGUCUUGCUCAUCCAAUGGGUCGCCAUAUGGCUCAUUGGGAUGCUUUCCGAUUGGAUUGGACGCGUCAAUGACGGACUUUUCGCGUGUCAUUGACUCACAACGGCGUCUACGGGAUCUGAAGCUGCUCAGCCGACUCUCAACCUUACAACUACAUUCUGUCGCUAGGAUUCUUCGCGACUACUGCCACAGCAGCAGCCACUUCCUAGACUUGCUUCCAACGUCAAGAGAUGCCAUCUCUAAGCUUGUAGACGCACUAGCUCGUACAAAUGACGACGCGGAGGACAACUACCAACUACAAGUAUACUCUGCGCUCGACUCUGGGUUCCACACGCCGGGUGGUGCUCAGUUUUGGGCCGUCUGUGAACUAGAGCAGAGGACCCAAUCGGUCAUCAUGUACAUCUCCAAGUCGGUUCAGGAUCUCAACGCUGUUCUGCUUCAUACGCACUUGAGCAGGCUAGGCUUCUCCAGAUACCAGUGCUUCUUAGCAGAAUAUGGCUUGACGGAGUUCAUGGCUGGGUCCUUCUCGCCUGAACGACUACCCGAGAGGCUACAGCAAGACCUAGAGCUUCUGUCGUCGACUGAUCUACUCCUGUAUCUGCAACACAUGCAAUAUUCGGAAUGGGAUGAGGACUGCUCGUUGCUCUCAUCCAUACGUAAACGUUGCGAAGAGUUACUGAUUGAUGUGCCUACGUACCAUCAGUUCAAGAAGCUCAGCAACGUGGACUACAUCAAUGGUAGCAUCACUGAUGAACAGCUAGUCAACGCGAAGCUCAAAUGGUACCGGCUCUCACAUCUACCCACGCUUGAUGGACGUGAUGCCCUAGAAUUGUUCCGGGAAGUGGCAAGGGUGCUUGAUGAUAUAUUAUGGUCACGAGACCAUGAGAAGCUAGACAUCAUCACUUCCGCUGUCAACAAUAUUACCAGCAGGGGAUCCUUAGAUUCGACGGCUGACUUCGUGCUUUUCUGUGUCUUCUGCGCGGCAAGGAAAGCCGGGUUUGAGGAAGUGUACAUCGAGGUGUCGGAUCGGAAUCCCCUGUUCAACCAAUACUCAGAUCAAAGCGCAGCUUUUGCAGAGCUAUUCGCGCUAGGAUCAAGAUGCGAGGCGUACUUUGACAUCAAGCCCAGCGAUAUCGGUAUACUACUAUCGGAGAAGCAUAGGAACUACUACAACCAGGAAGAACACCAACCUCCGAUGUGGAUCUUCAACGCACCAUCGUUUGCUUCUGCUUACGCUGCAGCCCAGACCGACAUCGACCCCGAGCAAAAGCCAUCCGUCAUGCCUGCAUAUCGCCGCUUCACCUUCCUCAGUGUCUUUGCGAUUCCAGCAUUAGUUGACAUCAUCCUACUAUCUACGACUGGCCAUGGUCUGUAUCUGAGUGUGCAUAUGAAAGAGGACCAACUAUACUAUGCUACACUGGCAUUGAUGUGCUCAUUGCUCCUCUCUGGCGCGAUUGGAACCUGGAUAUCCAUCGGAGGCACCUACUACCUCAUCUCAAUGGCAUUCUCAGCCGCCAAUAUGUUCGUACUCACCCGUCUGGUUGGUGGUCUAGCAUUCACUCUUGCUGGCUGUCUUCUUGGCUUUGUCAUCAUCUCAGCUGUCGUGGGUCCAGGCCUUGGGGCGGUGUUCGUCUUCUACCUUUUCGGCCUCACAACAUACCUCACCGUGCUUGCUGUCCUCUCCACAUAUCAGGUUCCCGGGUCCAGUUUCCUCAAUGGUCGCAAAGUCAUCAUCAUGGUAGUCCCGACAUUAGUGAUAUCCCCUCUGUUGACCAUUUUUAUUCAGGACUACGACAUCUACAUCUAUCCAGGAGUUCUCUACAUAUUCAUUACCUUGCUGAUCCUCGGUACUCGGCACGUUGCGACGCAAUGGGUGACCUGGUAUCACAACAUCAAGACGCUUAACGAUGCUGACAUCAAGGAUUGGUAUGUGAAGCGGUCAGACAAGGAGCAGCGUGUCACAAGCGGUAUGCAUCCUAAAGGUAAUGCCACACCUAACGCUUCAGCCGCACAUGCUAAUCGGACUUCUGCAGAUCAAUCGAGCAAAGGUCCUCAUACCGCAUCCAAAGUUCUCGACUUGAACGCGCCUUCUUCAAAGACAUCGAUUAGUGCCAAAGACUUGUUCUACGGCAUGAGUGAGCCCGCAAUCUUAGCUCUUUGCCGCACCGCGCUACACAGCGCAGUUUUGAAGGAGAACGGACGCCGAUUAUGGCAGAAGCCUACGAAUGAUACCUUCGUCAGACAACUCGCAGGUUGCUGGGACUCUACGCUGUUUUUACUGGACUGGUAUGCACGCAUUACCGACACCAAACGACCGAUUCCAUACAGCUCAACCUGGAAUCUUGAAACGCAGGUGGCGCUUGAAAGCAUGCAGCAGUCGCAAAAAGGUAUUCGCCUUCACAACUCCUUCAUCCAUUGGAGGACCGCUGGAGACGAGAUCUACUGUGGUAUACUCUACUUCCUCGUCGCACUCAUGGAUCGAUGGCUCGAUCUUGUACGCGGCGGCGACCAACUAGUCGGAUUCAUUCCAUCCAUGGACAACGACACACUUCGCCUCUCAGUCGGCUUCGGUCUUGCGUACUACCUCAUUGGAGCUGUACUACUUGACUAUAAAGCUCAACACUUACACACCAUGUCUGAGCAAAUGUCUCCAGUCUCGAUUAAGGACGCACACCAGAUCGACAAAGCCAAAUCCAACGAUCUGAAAUUCAGGCGACACUUGUACCUGAGCACCUUAUGCCGAUUUAUCGGUGUCCAUGUUUGGGCCCUGGCGAUAUGUGCUGCACUGAUCUGGAUUUUCAAUGGCUCCUCAGUCGGUCUCAUCAUAUUCCUGGCUUACGUUGGCGCAUAUACUGGUCUACUCCUCUACCAGUACAACAAGAUUUUCUCCGGCCCACAUGCACUAAUGCCGCUCCUGGCAGCAGUCAUUCUCGGCUUGGUAACUGGCAACAUACUUAUCACGGUCUUACCAGGUUUCAUGUACAACAAGAUCAUUGCACUUGCUGUCUCAACCUGGACGGCAGCUCUUCUCUCGUUCCGGACUGCCAAGCUAGGCAUGCCUGAUUUGCUCCACGUGCGCACCUGGAUGUCGAACCUACUACCAGAUACCGCGCAGAACAAGGAACCCACAAACUCGACCGAGAUGUCUAGCUUGAGCUGCGUCGCGUCUCGAACUGAAGAUCGUUCAGCCAUCGACGAGCGAUAUCGCGCCUACAGCGGCACUGGUGGUGAUGCGGAGUUCAGUCAAAGUGAGCUCCACGCGUACUGCAGCAAGCUGCGGGCUGCACCCAAGGAGAACAGGUUUCGCGUGUAUCCCAAUGGUCAGCCUGGUGACCAGAUCUGCGCUAUCCUACUAUCAUGCACCCACGAAAACCUCUCUAGGCUUGCCAUGCAAGCAUUCCCAACUAUGCCUUUUCUAAUCCAGCGGAUUGUUCUGGCGUGGAAGAACGAGUCUAUCAAAGUCUUCAUUGUUCCUAUGCAGGCUGUGGCUGGGGUUGAUUGCGACCUACGGGCGAUCUCGCAUUACACAGGCGGACGUCUCACGCUUUACAUCGCUUCGGACGCGAAAGGAUCUGGCUCAAAGCAGAUGAAUGUGAGCAGCAAUAGUGCAAUAAUUGCCGAGACCCUGCUACACGCUUGUUCAGAGACCAUGUUUGGCAUGCCGCACUACCAGGCUGAGAUUACAGAAUCAAUGCUUGCCUGCCGGGAAAGCGACUGUGGUUUUUACGCCAUAUCAGAAUGCAGCAAGCGGUCGAUGCCGGAGCUUAUCGUGGGACCGAAAGCCCUGAGCUUUGAAACUGCGCUUCGCAAAGAACUCCUGCGAAAUUUGUGCCUAGGUUUCGAUUGCGAAACUCAAUGGGACGAUCUUCCGCUCGAGAUUCGGCGCCUCUUCCUCCGACGAUGCGUUGGCAUCCGCGCACCUUACACGAACACAGAAAUGGCCUGGAUCAACGCCAACGUUCCCGCGGAAAGCUCUUGUACAAUCUUGUCGUGCAUCGCGCGAUAUGACCUCGGCGCAUAUUUGGCGGUUGUCAAGAAUAGCUUCUUCAAGAAUCGAGGUGAUCACGCUCUCACCGAGAAAGAGUACCGUCAAAUGACUGCGGACAUCCAGCAGGCGUAUCAUCCUGUCUUGAAUCACUCCGCUGUUUCGAUUCUCAGCAUCUUUACCGAAUACGUCCGUCUACCGAUCGCCUAUGUCUACCACUCUGCUGGAACCUGGGUCAAGUUCUUCUUCCUCGCGUGUAUGGCCGACCCCGAAUACCAGCGUGAGUUGAACGGGGCCUUGAUGCACACACCACGUCCUAUGGCAGCGUCCGCCACCUUUGUUCUAACGGGCUUAUGGAUAUACAGUCGGGUUGCGAUGUCCGUCGCUUUACCAUUCUUCCUGUACCAUCGCCGCAAAGACAUCGCAGGUCUUGCUGGGACAGUGAAGGGUAGUUUGAUCGUCCAGAAGAAGAACCGCUUGAUCAUUCGAAGCUAUGGAGAUACUGAGACAGCGUUCAUUCAUCCUAUCAAAGCCAGCGGAGUCAAAUUGAUGUUCUAUUCGGGUGACCUGGAACAAGAGCCUACUUGGGGCCAUCUCCGGGUUACAUACUAUGACGAAGAGAUGCGCAUCACGUUGCGUGAAGAAUACAAGAAUGGCGCGGUCAUCAAUGAGUACCUCUACGAGUAUGCCUUGAAGCAACCCCAACGCAAGACAAAGAUCUCAAAGGUCAAGAGGAGCAGGGUGCCUCUAAGCAGAACCUGCCGCAGCGGCCAGGAUGAAGGUGCCAAGGUUGUCUAUAACCGGAAGGGCCACAUCGAGUCGGGAAGCUAUAUCAGCCAUGACAACCUGGUUCGCUUCAAAUAUCAUUAUCGCAAGAACGCCAAGUACGACGACGAGCUUCUUCGCGCCGAAUUCGUGCUGCCGCAUAUGUCAGCCAACGUCAGUUGGUGUGCACCUCCUGUUCGCCAUGCCGAGAAGAUGGAGCGCUGGAUACCUACUCCUCGCGUUCACGAAGCGACAUUCGUCCAAGGAGCCGACGUAUAUGAAUGCUCAUGGCUCUAUGAUCACAAGUUCCAUCCAACCAUCACCACGAAGCUCAACGGCGCCCCAGUCGACACCCCGGAUAUGAUUCGUCAUGAUUGGCUUGGCGUACUAAAGAAGCCAACUCGAUGCACUUUCGCCGACGAGAAUCCCCUGCUGGCCUUCAAGUCCCCAUCCUCCAGCUUUUUCAGUCGGAUAUUGCGAACAAACAUCAAGCAGCAAGAGAUUUCCACAUCCAGAGCUCGGUCUCAACUCUGGAAAGCUUGGAAGAAGCGGAACGAUCUAGAUGGUGUUGUCAUUCGGUGGGUAGAUGAAGAGUUGAUCCGCAGAGAAGCUCUCCUCCGCCCAUAUUGGAGACGCAGAGAUCGUGGCAGUCUCGUAAAGGCUGAAGACUAUCUGGCGCUGCAUGCCGACGCCAUCAUGGCCAGCUCAGACCUCACAAGCGAUAUCAGCGCAUGGACGCCACUUGCAAUUCGUAUGAGUGAUUUGUUCAGCUUUGGUCAGGGUGGGGAUGCCGUUAUCUUCACAAGAACCAAAGCACUACAACGCGACACUGACCGCAACCUACAUGUCAUCGCUGUCGAUACUGGUACUUGGCCAAAUGAAGGCGGUGGUGUCUCGGCGUGCCGUCGAGAUCUCAUCAACAACUUGCGCACCAUCAAAUGGCACAUGGUCGUCGAAUCGGCUAACGACUUUGGCUUGCCGAAGCACCAAACCGAAGAGAACGUUGAGUCACUCAAGGUGAUACCACUGUGGGGACUGGACUUCAUGCAUCCAAACCAUGGGAUGUUCACCAACAAGCUGGACAGUGAGGUCGACCAUCUGGUCAAAGCAGCAACCAUAUCCGACAUCGAGACGAACUUCAUUCCAACCUUGACUGCCCUCGUUCGCGGCGCUCGAGCUACCACAAUGACGUCAGCAGAUGUCAAGCAAGCGACGCGUGCUUUGGUCAACCUGAACACAUACUUCCAGGACUCGCGCCACUGGAAAGAGGUCUGGACAAGCGAUGUGGUCAAAGAUACAUGGAGGAGACUGUGGCUCGAUGAAGACAUGCCGAACGCGCAACCGCCCUCAGAAUGGUUCCGUACUGAACUUCCAACGCUCAAUCACUUCGAUACGGCGCUAGAGCUGUGGUUCCGAUGCAAGUAA